AUGAAUGGAGUGAGCCUGGGUCGGCUGCCUUUGGUUUUCGCAGCGGACGGCCAGCGUUUCACGGUUGAGGGUGCAACGGUGCGUGCCAUCUUCACGCCUAGCCACGCGAUAGACCACAUGUGUUUCUUGCUCGACGAGGAAAAUGCGCUUUUCACGGGUGACAAUGUACUCGGCCAUGGCUUUGCAGUGGUGCCAGACUUGGCUGCGUAUAUGGCUAGUCUCGAGCAUAUGGUAGCGCAGGACUGCACAACGGGAUACCCAGCUCAUGGCGCCGUCAUUGAAAAUCUGCUAGCCAAGAUGCAGACAUAA